GAACAUGCUCGUCCAUCUUGUUGGAAACACCUCGAAGGGAAUGGUCCUGGUCACGCGGGUCAAAACUGUACCGCUACACUCGACGAUUAUGCACAGCUGUAUUUAAAAUGAAUAAAGGAUUAUAUGAUUUUAUAAUGCACUGUAUUUUAGUACUCUACAUCCGCUUACCGCAAAAACGAAUGCUAACGCGUGGCAAACGCGCAUUUUCGUUUGAUGCUCCAGGUAGGAACAGGUGAAAAGCAAUACCCCAUUGUUCAUCGUGUUCACUCACCUUUAUGUCCUCCGGUUGGGUGACGAUUUCGUGCACGGAAUACAUCCUGAUCGAUUGCAAAUUAUCAUUCAUCGAGGAACAACAGGCAGCAUAGUUUUUUCAAACGACUCGCGCCUCUCGUUACCCGAUCUCGGUCUUUUUUACUUUCACUAGCGGAGUUGCGACAGAGCAACGAUAUGCAAGCUGAUUUCUUUCUUACAUACACGGUAUGCGAGUCUUUGGAAGCGACGGACACCAGUUAGUUGAUAUUCCGCGUUCGUCUCGCGUUCAUCUACGUUUCGUACCCGUCAUCGUUCCACGUGCCGUUUCCAGUUAGAACAUGAAUUUCCCUCGCAAUUUGGUAUUUCUGACUUGUAUCGUCUUCCUGUUUCACCCUGAUACACUCCAUGUAUCAGCCGCUGAACCCAUUAGUGUAUUUUCAUUCAUUCACGACCUGAUUCAGUAUAACGUAGCGGGGAUACCGAUCAUCCAUGAGCGGACAGAGUGGGAUUUCGAUCCGGAAGUCGGAAAACAGAGAAGAGUCAAAUACGAGCAGGAAAACGGUCGUCAUGGAGAGAUUGCUAUUGAGAAGAUCGGCAUGGGUAUCGGGUACAAAGGACCAUGGGGAACGCCUACGUGAAUGCUGAUCGGUGACAAAAUC